AGCUGGAGCAGGACCAGGACCGGGAGCAGGAAGCGGAUCAGGGCAGGACAUCCAGGACUAGAAUAUGGAUUUGGGAUUCAAAGGCCAUAACAACAGGACACCUACCAAGAACACCUCUGCUACUGCAAGGAGCUUUUCUGCCUGGGAGGAUUACAAGAGCAGUGUUGAUGACAUACAAUACUUUCUCAUUGGGCUGUACACAUUUAUAAGUCUGGCUGGCUUUAUGGGGAAUCUCUUUAUACUGAUGGCUCUGAUGAAACGCAAGCAGAAGACAACAAUCAACAUCCUGAUUGGCAGCUUGGCCUUUUCGGACAUCUUGGUCGUGCUGUUUUGCUCUCCUUUCACGCUGACCUCUGUCCUGCUCGACCAGUGGAUGUUUGGCACCCUAAUGUGCCACGUCAUGCCCUUCCUCCAAUGCGCCUCUGUUCUGGUUUCCACUUUAAUGUUAAUGUCUAUCGCUGUGGUCAGAUACCGGAUGAUAAAACAUCCCCUUUCCAGCAAUUUAACAGCAAAGCAAGGCUAUGUCUUGAUAGCAGCCAUUUGGGCCUUUGGCUGUGCCAUUUGCUCCCCUCUGCCCUUUUUCCACACAGUUGUAGAUCUCAGUGAAACCCUGAAUUUAGAGGCACUGGCGGGCAGGUUUCUGUGCAUCGAGUCAUGGCCUUCUGACUCCUACAGAAUUGCCUUUACGAUAUCCUUGCUCCUCAUGCAGUACAUCCUGCCUUUGGUAUGCCUAACUGCCAGCCACACCAGCGUCUGCAGGAGCAUAGGCUCCAGGCUGGCAAACGCCGAGAGCAAAUUCGAGGAAAAGGAGAUGAUAAACCUGGCCAUGAACCCAUCCAAGAGCGCCAGCGCCCAGGCGCAGCCCUCCAGCCGGUCCCGAUGGAGCUGCGCGUUCAUCAGGAAGCACCACAAAAGGUACAGCAGGAAGACUUCGAGCGUGAUGCCAGCUAUUCUGAGGCACCACCAGGACUCUCAUUUCAGGGAGCUCCCAGAAAGCUCUUGCACAGAAAAAAGCCAGCUCUCUUCGUCCAGUAAGUUCAUCCCAGGGGUACCCAUCUGUUUUGAGAUGAAGCCCAAAGAAAAUACGGAGAUCCAGGACAUGAUUACAGUAUCCCGAUCCAUCAUCAGAAUCAAGACAAAAUCCAGGAGAGUUUUCUGUAGACUGACAGUGUUGAUCUUAGUUUUUGCUUUCAGCUGGAUGCCUCUUCACCUUUUCCAUGUUGUUACAGAUUUUAACGCCAAUCUCAUUUCUAACAGACAUUUUAAAUUAGUAUAUUGUAUAUGUCAUUUACUGGGUAUGAUGUCUUGCUGCCUGAAUCCCAUCCUAUAUGGGUUUCUAAACAACAGCAUAAAAGCCGAUUUAUUGUCCCUUAUUCCAUGUAGCCAAAUAUCAUGAAUUUUGAGCCUCAGUACAAAAUAAACUGAAAAAAGUUAGGCUUUCAAGUACACAGACGUGUACAGCUUUACAAACUGUAUUACUUAGUCUAGUUGGUUGUGCUUAAAAGCAUCUCAGUAAAUGAUUAGUUCUAGGCUGCAUGUAUGUCUGCAUUGAGCAAAAAUAUAUAUUCAUAUUGUAAUAUUCUUCCUCUAUCUAUUUUCCACUGACAAUUAUGCCCAGAGUACAAAAUUGGAAUACCAUUUUCAUUGCUUCCAAUAUUACAGACCUGUACUUUGGAAAUAUACAGAAUGUACAAUGAGCAAAUGUAUAACUCAGACAUAUCAGUAUUAACUGCUGUAAGACUAUAAUAAAA